AUGUUUGAGGCACCUGCAUAUGCACUCCACUGUGAUUGGCUGCUGGUGGUAUUUUUCGAGCAGCAGACACAUGAGCGGGACAAUCUUUUCCUUCACGACGGUGUGGAGUAUGUUCUUCAUUUUGAUGUUCCUCACGAGCAUGCAUAUUUUGGUGGUCAGUUUACCUACGUCCGCCGCGUCCAUUGCAACCUCGUUCCUCGCGACGGCCUCCAGUUGCUGGAACCAGACAUGGCUGAUCUGCUGAACGAUUGCAAUGAUGGUGUCCGGUGGCAAGUCGCUGAUGGCGCUCGCCGUUCCCUCUAUGAGCAUGACAGCGAACGUUUGAUUUUGUUCUGCGCGUUGGAUGCACAAUCCUAA